CUCCAGCCUAGCUCCAGAGCCGCGAGCAAGCCAGCCCUCCAUAAACACCACUUCCACCAACUAAACAACACCAUCAACACUUAAAAAAUGGCGCCAGCCGAUUCAGCACGCAUAGUUGAGGCACAGAAGUUGACCAAAACAAACCCAACCAAAGCCGAAUCACAGUACAAGGAACUCAUCUCGAAACCUCCUUCAGUCACCUCAGAUGCUGCUGUGCGAGAGUAUGAGACUGCGCUGGUGAGCUUGGGAGAAUUAUAUCGGGACCAGAAGUAGGAACUCUUCAGAGCGCAAAUUUAUUGGCUAUUUUCUGACGAUACUAGGCGUGCAAAUGAUUUAGUAGAAUUGAUCACGAAGAGUCGGACGGUAUUAUCAUCCUUUGCGAAAGCAAAGACCGCCAAACUUGGUAUGUUGUAACACCCAUGAUAUUGCCAUUGGUGGUUCAAUGGGAUUUGAAGAAACACAUACUGAUAGUUUCCACUCUGUAUAGUCCGACAACUCCUAGAUCUCUUCAACCUUAUCCCUAACACCACCGAUAUCCAAAUCUCCGUCACGAAAUCAUGCAUCGAAUGGGCAACUUCAGAGCGUCGUGGUUUCCUACGACAAAACCUCGAGACCCGUCUCGUUGGUCUCUACAUGAUCAAGCAAUCUUACUACGAAGCCUUGACCCUCAUCAACAGCCUUCUCAAGGAGCUUAAGCGUCUGGACGACAAACUUGUCCUCGUGGAAGUACAACUUCUCGAAUCCCGCGUCUACCAUGCCUUGGGAAAUGUGCCAAAGGGUCGAUCGGCACUCACCAGUGCUCGCACAAGCGCAGCAUCUGUUUAUACACCACCUCUACUACAAGCUGGUUUGGACAUGCAAUCGGGGAAGCUUCAUGCAGAGGACAAGGACUUCAGUACUGCGUUUUCCUAUUUCAUCGAAGCUCUGGAUGGAUACCACACGCAGGACGAGCCAGAAAAGGCAACCGCUGCGCUACAGUACAUGUUACUUUGCAAGGUUAUGCUCAACUUAUCCGACGAUGUCAACCAACUUAUGACUUCCAAGCAAGCCCUCAAAUAUGCCGGCAAAAACCUGGAAGCCAUGAAGGCUGUCGCACGCGCACAUUCCAACCGCUCUUUGGAGGAGUAUGAGAAAGCAUUAGGUGAUUACCGCCAUGAACUCGGUAGCGACCCAUUUAUCCGAAAUCAUCUUCGGCGUCUUUACGAUGCCAUGUUGGAACAAAAUCUCAUUAAAGUCAUAGAGCCCUUUUCACGUGUAGAAAUCGACCACAUUGCCAAGAUGGUUGGUCUCGACACAGUCCAAGUUGAGCGCAAACUUUCGCAGAUGAUCCUCGAUAAAGUAAUUAUUGGUGUUCUGGACCAAGGGGCUGGAUGCUUGAUAAUCUUCGAUGAGACGGAAAGAGAUGUGGGAUACGAUGCUGCGUUGGCAACGAUUGAGAAGCUGAGCAGUGUGGUGGAUGUGUUGUACACGAACCAGGCUUCUAUGCUUGAGUAGUGACGACGAGGAAAGGGUUAGAGGGUUGCUGGCAUAAAACAACUGUACCAUAGAGGCGCUUACAGUGGAGGAAAGGAAAGAAAUCAUGAAAUUCAAACUGGAAUCUAUCUCAUGAAAUUUCAGUGAGAAUAAUACAUACAUACCUAAUGUACCUCAGAGAUC